AAUUUUUCUUUCCUCUCCAAACCAACACACCACACACACACACACAAAGAGAGAACAAAAAUAAAAAAUGGCUUCCCAGACCAAUUCCUACACCGUGCCAGAAAUAGUGACCGGAUAUCCAAUUCCAUCGUCCUUGGCCACUCCUCCUUCUCCUCGUCGUAGAUGGUGGUCACGACCAAUAGUGACUGUGCCGCAACCGCAUGUUCGUGAAGCCACUUGUAUGGAAACUACGGUUUGUUGUACACCUUGUUGGGCCGGCUCAUUCACCAUCCUCGCCGUUUAUUUAUUGAUCUUUCACGUCAUCGAUAAUGCUCGCUGCCACGCCAAAUUCUCCAUCCAAUCCAUCGCUGUCUCUCCCUCCUCCGCCACGUGGCACGUUGAUUUCCUCGUCAAAAACCCUAGCUCCAGGUACUCUAUCUACUACGGAGCCAAUGAAACUACAGUGAGUCUCGGUCCUUUGAACGCUGCCGUUUUAGAUACUUUUCACGAACGUAAGUCUCCAAGUUACACGGCUUUCUCAGUGGAUUUCGUUGCCGAGGAGCUUUUUGCCGAUUCAGUCUCCGUCUCAAACGCAAACGUUUCAGCCCCUAAUUGGACGAUUGGUAUCGUUGCGAAGAGUCCAAACACCGGCUGUAAAAUCUCUCUACAUACACUCAAUGCACGUUUACUCCGAGGUGGCGAAGUUAUCUCCAAAUCAGCAUCUUUAUCGUCCGAUUUUUUCGUAACCGGAGGCAAACCAAAUGUCUUUUUCGACAAACCAGAUGUCCUUUUCGAGAAGGUGGUUAUGCCGGAAGUUAGUGGCGACGUGAUUUGGGAUCUUCGGGUUGAGAUUUUGUUUGCAUUGGACACAGAUGCUCUCUAUUUACACGGUUUUUUGAUCGCCGUUUGUCCCGCUAUUCCGGUGAAAUUCACGACGGAUCCGGCGGGGAAGGUGAUGGGAUCGUUGCUUGGACAUAUGAGAUGGUAUACUAUCUACUACGGAGUAAGUGAAACUGCGUUGAAGCUCGGUCCCUUAAACGCGGCCGUUUUAAAUACUUCUCACAAACGUAUUUCUCGACGUCACACGGCUUUCUCAGUUGAUUUCGUUGCCGAGGGUGCCGCAGCACUUGCCAGCGUCAGAGAUAGUUGCUACUUGGAGUUUUUUGCCGAUUCCGUCUCCGUCUCAAACGCAAACGUGAACGCAAACGUUUCAACCGCUGAUUGGAGAAUCGGUUUUGUUGCGACGAGUCCAGUCACCGGCUGUAAAAUCUCUCUAAAUAGAGUCCAAUCUCGUUUACUCCGAGGUAACGAAGUUAUGUCCAAUUCAUCAUCUCCUUCGUCUGAUUAUUUCGAACAAUUCGGUGCCGGAGACAAAACAAAUGUCCGUUUCGAGAAGGUGGUGAUGCCGGAAGUUAUUGACGACGUCAUUUGGAAUUUUCGGGUUGAGAUUAUGUCUGCAGUGAACACAUAUGUUAGAUAUGGAAACGGUUUUUUGAUGGCGACUUGUCCCGAUAUUCCGGUGAAAUUCACGACGGAUCCGGCAGGAAAUGUGGUGGGAUCGUUGUUUGGGAAUAUGAGACGGUGUGAUUUUAUAUUCCAGCAUAAAUGGGAUUCUUCCAGUUAGAUUCUUAGUUCUCUCCGAUCAUGAAAUAUUU